AUGCUGCCUCAGCUAAGUCGUAACCGCACGACGGCCAAGUCGUUCAUUCGGCGGCCGGGUGCAGAAAACGACGAUACAACCAUCCCGGUGCCGGAUGGCAGCCAACCUCCCCCUCUGCGCCGGCCGACCCGCAUCGCGCGGUCUCAUACUCUGUCGCGACCAGAGCGUGGGCAUCCGCUCACACCGCUGCUCAAUCCGGACGGCGAGCCGAAUGACCCAUUUGCGGACCCUACGCCAAAGGGGCCACUGCGUAACUGGUGGCGCUACCUCGCCAUGGGAGCAACGUUCUGGGCGCCGCCUACGGUGCUCAAUGCGUGCGGCAAGCAUAACUCGGCCGUGCGUCAGGCAUGGCGCGAGAAGGUCACGCUCGUACUCAUUGCGGCUACUCUUUGUGCUAUCGUCGCCUAUAUUACCGUGGGGUUGCAGCGGUCCUUGUGCCAGUCGGACCAGGUCUUUAUUCCCCUCAAGGACGCAAAAGGCAUGUAUGCCAUUGGGGGCGAGGCGUAUAAUGGUACCCAUCCCAAGUUCCCUGUGGGUAUUUGGAAUCUCGCUAAAGAGGAGUCGGCGGUCGACCUCUCCCCCUACAUUGGCCAUCCCGCGGGCUCCAUUCCUGCGUGCGAGGGCCUGUCGGGCGCUUUUGCCAAGGCAGACGUCUGCAUGCCUCUGCCGGAUCAUGAUGGCUGUAUUGCCGAAGCGACAGAUGACUUGCAAGACAAGCUCGGUCUGAGCACAAACCAUUCCAUGAUUGGGUACGAAUGGCAACAGGUCAUGGACACCAUGAAUGGCCAGAACGGCAAGCAGCUCAUGGCCAUGGACGGUUGGGUGCUCAACAUGUACCCUUACCUACAGAUCAACAAGAGGCCCAUCCCGGGUGACUUUGUGGACGAAGCCAUCCGCUCGCACUUCCAAGAGGCCAACGCACAGGGCCCGGACGCGACGCGCCGCUUUGUCCGCCGCGCGGACACGCGCAAGGCAAUGAACUGCCUUAAACAAAAGUACACGGCCGGCCGCAUCAACUACCUGUCGUCCGGCUGCUUUGUUGCCGAGAUUAUCCUGUACAUCUCGCUCAUUGUCAUUCUGGGCAUCGUCAUUGUGCGUACGGCUAUGGCGAUCUGGUUCCACUUUAUUGGAUCGCGCAGGCUUAUGAAGCCUCCCCCCCCGGUGCCGGGCUCGAAGCAGAGCCGCCGCGUCUCGCACCAGGUCCUGCCGGCCGAUGCCGGCUCGCACGACCCCAGCGGUGUCGCGCCGUGGGCCUCGAAGCAGAUGCCGCCGCCGUCCCGCCUCGGGGCCUCGUCGACCAGCGCAAGUGCUGGCGCACCGCUCAGCCUCCCCACGGCCAUGACCCAGCGCGAGAUCGGCAAUGACCCCUACGUCAUUUGCCUUGUCACGUGUUACUCGGAAGGUGCCGAUGGCAUUUCGGCGACGCUCGCGUCGCUGAGCAAGACGGAAUACCCCGCGAACCGCCAGCUGCUGUUUGUCGUCGCAGAUGGUAUGGUGACCGGUGCCGGCGAGUCGAUCAGCACGCCUGAUAUUUGUGUGAGCCUCAUGAGCCCCGACCCCCGCUUUGGUACGCCGAUGCCGAUGAGCUACACGUCGGUCGGCACCGGAAAGAAGGCGCACAACAUGGCGCUCGUGUAUGCGGGCCACUACAUCCACCCGUCCGGCGGCGAGCCUGUGCCGAUGGUCGUCGUCGCCAAGUGCGGUACGCCGGCGGAAGCGAACGACAAGAAGCCGGGUAACCGUGGUAAGCGCGACUCGCAAAUGGUCCUCUUGCACUUUUUGCAGCGCGUCACGUACGAUGAUCCCAUGUCGCCGCUCGACUACGACCUUUUCCGCAAGGUGCAUGCGCUGAUGGGCGUCACGCCCGACUUCUUCGAGUUGAUCCUCAUGGUGGAUGCGGAUACCCUCGUCUAUCCCCCGGCCCUUCGCAGCCUGUGCAACGCCAUGAUGACCGACAGCCGCAUCAUGGGUGCCUGCGGCGAGACGCGUAUUGAAAACAAGUCGCAGAGCUGGGUCACCAUGAUCCAAGUCUUUGAGUACUUCAUUUCCCACCACCAGAUCAAGGCGUUCGAGUCGGUGUUUGGUGGUGUGACGUGCCUGCCGGGAUGCUUUAGCAUCUACCGUAUCAAGGCCCGCAAGGCCAGCGACGACGACUGGGUUCCCGUCGUGAUCAAACCGGAAGUGAUUCGCGAGUACAGCCAGUCCAUCGUCACGACGCUGCACCAAAAGAACCUCUUGCUGCUGGGUGAGGACCGUUUCCUGAGUACCAUGAUGCUCCGUACCUUCCCCCACCGCAAGAUGGUCUUUGUGCCGCAGGCGGUGUGCCGUACCGAAGUUCCCCACACCUUCCGCAUGCUUCUCUCGCAGCGCCGCCGCUGGAUUAACAGUACGGUGCAUAACCUCAUGGAGCUCGUGCUGGUGCGCGACUUGUGUGGUACUUUCUGUUUCUCUAUGCAGUUUGUCGUACUGAUGGACCUCAUCGGUACGCUGGUGCUGCCCGUGGCCAUUUGCCUUACCUAUGUGCUAAUCGUCCUGUCGGCUGCCUCGGGUCUGCACAACUUUGCGUCGGCCAUUCCGCUGAUUAUGCUUCUCGCGGUGCUCAUUCUGCCGGGUGUGGUCGUGGCAAUGGCCACGUUUAAGUUCCCCUACCUCGGCUGGCUCGUGAUCUACCUCAUCUUCCUGCCAGUGUGGAACUUGAUUCUCCCCGCCUACUCCUUCUGGCACUUUGACGACUUCUCCUGGGGUGAGACACGCAAGGUCGAAGGUGAGGCCAAGGGCGAGAGCCACGAUGUGGCGGAUGAAGAGGGCUACGAUGCGAUGAAGAGCGUUCCGCUCCGGCAGUGGGAGGACUGGGAGCGCUCGCGCAUUCGCAAGCAGAAGCGCGACGAGCGCCGCCGCAUGGAUAUGCAAAACCAGUUCGGCGAGGGCUUCUACAACGACACUAGCGUCGAGCCGAUGCAGGACACGCGCCUCGCGCCGGCCAUGCCGCCGCCGCGCAUCGACCGCGACGACGCUACGUCCGUCUCCUCCGACUGGAACGACGACCGCUGGGGCGACCAGGUCGGCGGCUACAACGAGAACGAGACACCGCCCGACCUGCUCCCCAACGCCCGCCCUGUAUCGGUGAUGCAGGCACAUCGCAUGUCGAGCGUUUUCAACGAAAACGAUCUGGAGGACCUCUUGCAGCGCGGCUGGGACGAGAACCCCAACCCGCUCCGCCCCAAGACCAAGGGGCCUUUCCAGAGCAUCCCGAACCACUCAAUCGUCUCGCUGAACAACGAGGAUCCCCUGUCGGACAGCGGCAAUCCCCGCGAGUCGAUCGACGUGGGCAGCCUGCCUGCACCGAUCCUCGAGCCGAGCUCGGACAAGGUCGCGGCCUCGUCUGCCGUGGGCGCAGGACACAGCACGCACGCGCGUAACCGCUCCUACGGUGGCCUCCGGUUCGACACCCCGUACGACGCGCCGAAGCGCUAA